AUGGCGCGCGCGCUGGAGCCCCAGCGGCGGCUCCUGGCCGUCUACACUGGCGGCACGAUCGGCAUGCGGAGCGAGCAGGGCGUGCUCGUCCCUGGGAGUGGCCUGGCCGCAGUCUUGAGGUCACUGCCCAUGUUCCAUGAUGAAGAGUACGCCCGGGCCUGUGGCCUCCCGGAGGACACACUGGUGCUGCCGCCCGCCAUCCCCGACCAGAGAGUCAUCUACACGGUGCUGGAGUGCCAGCCCCUCUUUGACUCCAGUGACAUGACCAUCACUGAGUGGGUUCAGAUCGCUCAGACCAUCGAGAGACACUACGGGCAGUACGACGGCUUCGUGGUCAUUCACGGCACGGACACCAUGGCCUUUGCGGCCUCCGUGCUCUCCUUCGUGCUGGAGAACCUGCAGAAAACUGUCAUCCUCACGGGCGCCCAGAUGCCACUCUCGGGGGCCGCGUGAGCCUUAGACCGUCUCUGACCUCCUCUCCCAGGUGCCCAUCCAUGCCCUGUGGAACGACGGCCGGGAGAACCUGCUGGGGGCCCUGCUCAUGGCGGGCCAGUUUGCCUCUUCUUCCAGAAUCAGCUGUUUCGGGGCAACCGAGUGACCAAGGUGGACUCGCGCAGGUUCGCGGCCUUCUGCUCCCCGCACCUGCCCCCUCUGGCCGUCAUGGGCACCGAUGUCACAAUCAACUGGGAGCUCGUGCGGACGGCCCGAGGGAAGGCCCAGCUGGCGGUGCACAGCAGCAUGGAACGGGACGUGGGCCUGCUGCGCCUCUACCCCGGGAUCCCCGCAGCCUUGGUCCGGGCCUUCCUGCAGCCCCCCCUGAAGGGCGUGGUCAUGGAGACCUUCGGUUCGGGGAAUGGGCCCACCAAGCCGGACCUGCUGCGGGAGCUCCGGGCUGCGGCCGAAAGGGGUCUCAUCAUCCUCAACUGUUCCCACUGCCUGCAGGGGGCCGUGACCUCUGACUACGCGGCUGGCAUGGCCAUGGCGGGAGCCGGCAUUGUCUCUGGCUUCGACAUGACGUCAGAGGCCGCCCUGGCCAAGCUCUCCUACGUGCUGGGCCAUCCUGGGCUGACCCCGGACGACAGGAAAGAGCUGCUGGCCAGGGACCUUCGGGGCGAGAUGACACUGCCCAUGGGGGCGCAGCGCCGGCCCUCACUGAGUAGCAGCGCGCUGGGCCGGGGGGCUGCCCAGCUCCUCACUCUCAGCCAGGGGCAGACAAGCCAAAGACCCCAGGGUGCUGCUCUCUCCACCCAGGAGGCCGACGCCAUACGGGAGGCCCUGGUGCCCAGCCUGGCCUGUGCUGCGGCCCAUGCCGGUGACCUGGAGGUGCUACAGGCGCUUGGGGACCUGGUCAGUGACCUGAACCUAGAGAACUUUAACGGUCAAACUCCUCUGCACACGGCCGCCCGGGGAGGCCAGCCUGGGGCGGUCACCAUGCUGCUGCAGAGAGGGGUGGACGUGGACCCCCGAGAUGAGGACGGACUCAGCCCUCUGCUGCUGGCCGUGAAGGGCAGGGUGGCUCCAGGCCCGGCCCAGGCCAGUCGGCCUCUGGAAACCCACAGACGUCGGGGCCUGCUCUGGGACCCUCCUGUUCACGUCUGUCAGCGUCUCAUCCGCCCCCUCCAAGGGCAGAGCGCAGGCCCAGCUGACUCUGCUUCCCCAGGCCUAGCCUUGACUGCCGCGGGCAUCGGGGUGUCAUUGAGCUGCUGCGGGCAGCUGGGGCCUGCCUGUCCCCCCAGGAGCUGGAGGACGCGGGGACAGAGCUGUGCAGGCUGGCGGCCAGGGCAGACCUUGAAGGCCUUCAAUCAUGGUGGCAGGCGGGGGCUGACCUGA